AAAGCAGUGCAGAGACCAUUCUUAUCAAACUGUUCUUUCGUAAUAGCAAUAGCUCUCCGUCUCCACUCAAUAUCAUUCAAUCAAUAAAAUACAUUACUCGUCGAAUAUUGAAAUUGUGGUUGUUUUUUUCAUAAAUCAUGAGUUGGAAUCAUCCUAUCAUAUAUUUUUGUGUACUGUUAAUCGUUCAAAUAAUAAUGGCUGAAGAAAAACUUAAUUUGGAUAACGAAGAAUGGAAGAAUUACAAGACUGAAUUCAAUAAAACUUACGAAAAUGAGAACGACGAAGUAGAAAGAUACAAGAUAUACUUGGAUAACAAGAAAAUGGUCGAAGAACAUAAUGCCAAGUUUGCGAAAGGAGAAGUUACUUACGAAAUGGGCAUAAAUCAAUUUUCCGAUCGAAAACCCGAAGAAAACUCUUGUUGUGGAUUGCGAUUGGAUAAGAAGAAAGGAACGAACAAGGAAUAAGAGAAAAUGGUUUCAUGGAUUUUUAUAACUACUUAAUAUGUAGUUAUGUACCUUAUCUAAUUAUUUACUCGCAUCUCUUACUUAUAUUACUAGUAAUCAAAUCACUUAUUAUUCUGUGGGAAUUUCGGAGUCAUUUUUCAUGUAUUUAUAAAGAGGUUUUUUUAUGUUAGCCUCCUUUUUUAUAACCGAUUUUGUACCUGAUUUAUUAUGAAUUGAACUUCAUUAUUGUUUGGCAGCUGAAUUUCACACUUGAAAGAAUUUUUAUAAAAGUAUCUAUAUUAUACAUACUUCUCACCUGACGUGUAGUCAAGGAUUUCGUUUCGAUUAUGUAAAGUUUGUUUCUGAGUUUCAUCACUCAAGUCAUACUUAAUUACCAUACUUAUAAUGUGUUUUGCUGAAAUAUUUUAUACUCAUUACUCAAUGUUCACCAAAAUAUUCGUUUAAUAAAAUUGCAUUUUUAUUGUUUUUAA